AUGGCGCCCCUAGAGAUAGGCGCCCCUAGAGAUAGGCACCCUGCCCCAUUCUCCUGCUUUCCAUCACCCCGCCCCAUUCUCCCUCCUUCCAUCACCCCGCCCCAUUCUCCCUCCUUCCAUCACCCCACCUCAUUCUCCCUCCUUCCAUCACCCCGCCCCAUUCUCCCGCUUUCCAUCACCCCGCCCCAUUCUCCCGCUUUCCAUCACCCCGCCCCAUUCUCCCGCUUUCCAUCACCCUGCCCCAUUCUCCCGCUUUCCAUCACCCUGCCCUGUUCUCCAGCUUUCCAUCACCCUGCCCCAUUCUCCCGCUUUCCAUCACCUUGCCCCAUUCUCCCGCUAUCCAUCACCCCGCCCCAUUCUCCCUCCUUCCAUCACCCCGCCCCAUUCUCCCUCCUUCCAUCACCCCGCCCCAUUCUUCCUCCUUCCAUCACCCCGCCCCAUUCUCCCUCCUUCCAUUACCCUGCCCCAUUCUCCCGCUUUACAUCAGCCCGCCCUAUUCUCCCGCUUUCCAUCACCCCGCCCCAUUCUCCCUCCUUCCAUCACCCCGCCCCAUUCUCCCGCUUUCCAUCACCCCGCCCCAUUCUCCCGCUUUCAAUCACCCCGCCCCAUUCUCCCGCUUUCCAUCACCUCGCCCCAUUCUCCCGCUUUCCAUCACCCCGCCCCAUUCUCCCGCUUUCCAUCAGCCCACCCCAUUCUCCAUCAUUUCAUCACCCCACCCCAUUCUCCCGCAUUCUAUCACCCCGCACAAUUCUCCCGCUUUCCAUCACCCCGCCCCAUUCUCUCGCUUUCCAUCACCCCUCCCCAUUCUCCCGCUUUCCAUCACCCCACCCCAUUCUCCAUCUUUUCAUCACCCCGCCCCAUUCUCCCACUUUCCAUCACCCCGCACCAUUCUCCCGCUUUCCAUCAACCCGCCCCAUUCUCCCUCCUUCCAUCACCCCGCCCCAUUCUCCCGUUUUCCAUCACCUCGCCCCAUUCUCCCGCUUUCCAUCACCCCGCCCCAUUCUCCCGCUUUCCAUCACCCCACCCCAUUCUCCAUCUUUUCAUCACCCCGCCCCAUUUUCCCGCUUUCCAUCACCCCGCACCAUUCUCCCGCUUUCCAUCACCCCGCCCCAUUCUCCCUCCUUCCAUCACCCCGCCCCAUUCCCCCUCCUUCCAUCACCCCGCCCCAUUCUCCCGCUUUCCAUCACCCCGCCCCAUUCUCCCGCUUUCCAUCACCCCGCCCCAUUCUCCCGCUUUCCAUCACCCCGCCCCAUUCUCCCGCUUUCCAUCACCCCGCCCCAUUCUCCAGCUUUCCAUCACCCCGCCCCAUUCUCCCGCUUUCCAUCACCCUGCCCCAUUCUCCCGCUUUCCAUCACCCCGCCCAUUCUCCCGCUUUCCAUUACCCCGCCCCAUUCUCCCUUCUUCCAUCACCCCGCCCCAUUCUCCCUCCUUCCAUCACCCCGCCCCAUUCUCCCUCCUUCCAUCACCCCGCCUCAUUCUCCCGCUUUCCAUCACCCCGCCCCAUUCUCCCGCUUUCCAUCACCCCGCCCCAUUCUCCCGCUUUCCAUCACCCCGUCCCAUUCUCCCGCUUUCCAUCACCCCUACGCAUUCUCCCUCCUUCCAUCACCCCGCCCCAUUCUCCCUCCUUCCAUCACCCUGCCCUAUUCUUCCUCCUUCAAUCACCCCGCCCCAUUCUCCCACUUUCCAUCACCCCGUCCCAUUCUCCCGCUUUCCAACACCCCGCCCCAUUCUCCCGCUUUCCAUCACCCAGCCCCAUUCUCCCGCUAUCGAUCACCCCGCCCCGUUCUCCCGCUUUCCAUCACCCCGCCCCGUUCUCCCGCUUUCCAUCACCCCGCCCCGUUCUCCCGCUUUCCAUCACCCCGCACCAUUCUCUCGCUUUCCAUCACCCCACCCCAUUCCCCCUCCUUCCAUCACCCUGCCCCAUUCUCCCGCCUUCCAUCACCCCGCCCCAUUCUCCCGCUUUCCAUCACCCCGCCCCAUUCUCCCCCUUUCCAUCACCCCGCCCCAUUCUCCCGCUUUCCAUCACCCCGCCCCAUUCUCCCGCUUUCCAUCACCCCGCCCCAUUCUCCCGCUUUCCAUCACCCCGCCCAUUCUCGCGCUUUCCAUCACCCCGCCCAAUUCUCCCGCUUUCCAUCACCCCGCCCCAUUCUGCCGCUCUCCAUCACCCCGCCCCAUUCUCCCGCUCUCCAUCACCUUGCCCCAUUCUCCCGCUUUCCAUCAUCCCGCCCCGUUCUCCCGCUUUCCAUCAUCCCGCCCCAUUCUCCCUCCUUCCAUCAUGUCGCCCCAUUCUCCCGCUUUCCAUCACCCUGCCUCAUUCUCCCGCUUUCCUUCAUCCCGCCCCAUUCUCCCGCUUUCCAUCACCCCGCCCCAUUCUCCCGCUUUCCAUCACCCCGCCCCAUUCUCCCGCUUUCCAUCACCCCGCCCUAUUCUCCCGCUUUCCAUCACCCCGCCCCAUUCUCCCGCUUUCCAUCACCCUGCCCCAAUCUCCCGCUUUCCAUCACCCCACCCCCUUCUCCCUCCUUCCAUCACCCCGCCCCAAUCUCCCGCUUUCCAUCACCCCGCCCCAUUCUCCCGCUUUCCAUCACCCUGCCCCAUUCUCCCGCUUUCCAUAACCCCGCCCCAUUCUCCCGCUUUCCAUCACCCCGCCCCAUUCUCCCGCUUUCCAUCACCCCGCCCCAUUCUCCCUCCUUCCAUCACCCCGCCCCAUUCUCCCGCUUUCCAUCACCCCGCCCCAUUCUCCCUCCUUCCAUCACCCCGCCCCAUGCUCCCUCCUUCCAUCACCCCGCCCCAUUCUCCCGCUUUCCAUCACCCCGCCCCAUUCUCCCGCUUUCCAUCAUCCCGCCCCAUUCUCCCUCCUUCCAUCACCCCGCCCCAUUCUCCCGCUUUCCAUCACUCCGCCCCAUUCUCCCUCCUUCCAUCACCCCGCCCCAUUCUCCCUCCUUCCAUCACCCCGCCCCAUUCUCCCGCUUUCCAUCACCCCGCCUCAUUCUCCCGCUUUCCAUCACCCCGCCCCAUUCUCCCGCUUUCCAUCACCCCGCCCCAUUCUCCCGCUUUCCAUCACCCCGUCCCAUUCUCCCGCUUUCCAUCACCCCUACGCAUUCUCCCUCCUUCCAUCACCCCGCCCCAUUCUCCCUCCUUCCAUCACCCUGCCCUAUUCUUCCUCCUUCAAUCACCCCGCCCCAUUCUCCCACUUUCCAUCACCCCGUCCCAUUCUCCCGCUUUCCAACACCCCGCCCCAUUCUCCCGCUUUCCAUCACCCAGCCCCAUUCUCCCGCUAUCGAUCACCCCGCCCCGUUCUCCCGCUUUCCAUCACCCCGCCCCGUUCUCCCGCUUUCCAUCACCUCGCCCCGUUCUCCCGCUUUCCAUCACCCCGCACCAUUCUCUCGCUUUCCAUCACCCCACCCCAUUCCCCCUCCUUCCAUCACCCUGCCCCAUUCUCCCGCCUUCCAUCACCCCGCCCCAUUCUCCCGCUUUCCAUCACCCCGCCCCAUUCUCCCCCUUUCCAUCACCCCGCCCCAUUCUCCCGCUUUCCAUCACCCCGCCCCAUUCUCCCGCUUUCCAUCACCCCGCCCCAUUCUCCCGCUUUCCAUCACCCCGCCCAUUCUCGCGCUUUCCAUCACCCCGCCCAAUUCUCCCGCUUUCCAUCACCCCGCCCCAUUCUGCCGCUCUCCAUCACCCCGCCCCAUUCUCCCGCUCUCCAUCACCUUGCCCCAUUCUCCCGCUUUCCAUCAUCCCGCCCCGUUCUCCCGCUUUCCAUCAUCCCGCCCCAUUCUCCCUCCUUCCAUCAUCCCCAUUCUCCCACUUUCCAUCACCCCGCCCCAUUUUCCCGCUUUCCAUCAUCCCGCCUCAUUCUCCCGCUUUCCAUCACCCUGCCCCAAUCUCCCGCUUUCCAUCACCCCACCCCAUUCUCCCUCCUUCCAUCACCCCGCCCCAUUCUCUCGCUUUCCAUCACCCCGCCCCAUUCUCCCGCUUUCCAUCGCCCAGCCCCAUUCUCCCGCUUUCCAUCACCCCGCCCCAUUCUCCCGCUUUCCAUCAGCCCGCCCCAUUCUUCCGCUUUCCAUAACCCCGCCCCAUUCUCCCUCCUUCCAUCACCCCGCCCCAUUCUCCCGCUUUCCAUCACCCCGCCCCAUUCUCCCUCCUUCCAUCACCCCGACCCAUUCUCCCUUCUUCCAUCACCCCGCCCCAUUCUCCCGCUUUCCAUCACCCCGCCCCAUUCUCCCGCUUCCCAUAACCCCACCCCCAUUCUCCCUCCUUCCAACACCCCGCCCCAUUCUCCCGCUUUCCAUCACCCCGCCCCAUUCUCCCGAUUUCCAUCACCCCGCCCGAUUCUCCCGCUUUCCAUCACCCCGCCCCAUUCUCCCGCUUUCCAUCACCCCGCCCCAUUCUCCCGCUUUCCAUCAUCCCGCCCCAUUCUCCCUCCUUCCAUCACCCCGCCCCAUUCUCCCGCUUUCCAUCACUCCGCCCCAUUCUUCCUCCUUCCAUCACCCCGCCCCAUUCUCCCUCCUCCCAUCACCCCGCCCCAUUCUCCCGCUUUCCAUCACCCCGCCCCAUUCUCCCGCUUCCCAUAACCCCACCCCAUUCUCCCGCUUUCCAUCAACCCGCCACAUUCUCCCACUUUCCAUCACCCCGCCCCCUUCUCUCUCCUUCCAUCACCCCGCCCCAUUCUCCCUCCUUCCAUCAGCCCGCCCCAUUCUCCCGCUUUCCAUCAGCCCGCCCCAUUCUCCCGCUUUCCAUCUCCCCGCCCCAUUCUCCCGCUUCCCAUCACCCCGCCCCGUUCUCCCGCUUUCCAUCACCCCGCCCCAUUCUUCCGCUUCCCAUCAUCCCGCCCCAUUUCCCCGCUUUCCAUCACCCCUCCCCAUUCUCCCUCCUUCCAUCACCCCGCCCCAUUCUCUCGCUUUCCAUCACCCCGCCCCAUUCUCCCCCUUUCCAUCACCCCGCCCCAUUCUCCCGCUUUCCAUCAUCCCGCCCCAUUCUUCCUCCUUCCAUCACCCCGCCCCAUUCUCCCGCUUUCCAUCACCCCGCCCCAUUCUCGAUCCUUCCAUCACCCCGCCCCAUUCUCCCUCAUUCCAUCACCCCGCCCCAUUCUCCCGCUUUCCAUCACCCCGCCCCAUUCUCCCGCUUCCCAUAACCCCACCCCAUUCUCCCGCUUUCCAUCAUCCCGCCCCAUUCUCCCUCUUUCCAUCACCCCGCCCCAUUAUCCCGCUUUUCAUCACCCCGCCCCAUUCUCCCGCUCUCCAACACCCCAGCCCAUUCUCUCGCAUUCCAUCACCCCGCCCCCUUCUUCCUCCUUCCAUCACCCGCCCCAUUCUCCCGCUUUCCAUCACCCCGCCCCAUUCUCCCGCUUUCCAUCACCCCGCUCCAUUCUCCCGCUUUCCAUCACCCCGCCCCAUUCUCCCACUUCCCAUAACCCCACCCCAUUCUCCUGCUUUCCAUAACCCAGCCCCCUUCUCUCUCCUUCCAUCACCCCGCCCCAUUCUCCCGCUUUCCAUCACUCCGCCCCAUUCUCCCGCUUUCCAUCACCCCGCCCCUUUCUCCCGCUUUCCAUCUCCCCGCCCCAUUCUCCCGCUUUCCAUCACACCGCCCCAUUCUCCCGCUUUCCAUCACUCCGCCCCAUUCUUCCGCUUCCCAUCAUCCCGCCCCAUUCCCCCGCUUUCCAUCACCCCUCCCCAUUCUCCCUCUUUCCAUCACCCCGCCCCAUUCUCCCACUUUCCAUCACCCGCCCCAUUCUCCCGCUUUCCAUCACCUCGCCCCAUUCUCCCGCUUUCCAUCACCCCGCCCCAUUCUUCUGCUUUCCAUCACCCCGCCCCAUUCUCCCGCUUUCCAUCACCCUGCCCCAUUCACCCGCUUUCCAUCACCCGCCCCAUUCUCCCGCUUUCCAUCACCCCGCCCCAUUCUCCCGCUUUCCAUCACCCCGCCCCAUUCUCCCGCUUUUCAUCACCCCGCCCCAUUCUCCCGCUUUCCAACACCCCGGCCCAUUCUCUCGCUUUCCAUCACCCCGCCCCCUUCUUCCUCCUUCCAUCACCCCGCCCCAUUCUCCCUCCUUCCUUCACCCCGCCCCAUUCUCCCGCUUUCCAUCACCCUGCCCCAUUCUCCCGCUUUCCAUCACCCCGCACCAUUCUCCCGCUUUCCAUCACCCCGCCCCAUUCUCCCGCUUUCCAUCACCCCGCCCCAUUCUCCCCCCUUCCAUCAACCCGCCCCAUUCUCCCGCUUUCCAUCACCCCGCGCCAUUCUUCCGCUUUCCAUCACCCCGCCCCCUUCUCCCUCCUUCCAUCACCCCGCCCCAUUCUCCCUCCUUCCAUCACCCCGCCCCAUUCUCCCGCUUUCCAUCAGCCCGCCCCAUUCUCCCGCUUUCCAUCACCCCGCCCCUUUCUCCCGCUUUCCAUCUCCGUGCCCCAUUCUCCCGCUUUCCAUCACCCCGCCCCAUUCUCCCGCUUUCCAUCACCCCGCCCCAUUCUCCCGCUUACCAUCAUCCCGCCCUAUUCCCCCGCUUUCCAUCACCCCUCCCCAUUCUGCCUCCUUCCAUCACCCCGCCCCAUUCUCCCGCUUUCCAUUACACGCCCCAUUCUCCCGCUUUCCAUCAUCUCGCCCCAUCUCCCGCUUUCCAUCACCCCGCCCUAUUAUUCUGCUUUCCAUCACCCCGCCCCAUUCUCCUGCUUUCCAUCACCCCGCCCCAUUCAUCCGCUUUCCAUCACCCGCCCCAUUCUCCCGCUUUCCAUCACCCCGCCCCAUUCUCCCACUUUCCAUCACCCCGCCCCAUUCUCCCGCUUUUCAUCACCCCCCCCCAUUCUCCCGCUUUCCAACACCCCGCCCCAUUCUCCCGCUUUCCAUCACCCUCCCCCAUUCUCCCGCUUUCCAUCACACCGCUCCAUUCUCCUGCUUUCCAUCACCCCGCCCCAUUCUCCCGCUUUCCAUCACCCCGCCCCAUUCUCCCGCUUUCCAUCACCACGCCCCAUUCUCCCUCCUUCCAUCACCCCGCCCCAUUCUCCCGCUUUCCAUCACCCCGCCCCAUUCUCCCUCCUUCCAUCACCCCGCCUCAUUCUACCUCCUUCCAUCACCCCGCCCCAUGCCCCCGCUUUCCAUCACCCCGCCCCAUUCUCCCGCUUUUCAUCACCCUGCCCCAUUCUCCCACUUUCCAUCACCCCGCCCCAUUCUCCCGCUUUCCAUCACCCCGCCCCGUUCUCCCUCCUUCCAUCACUCGCCCGAUUCUCCCUUUCCAUCAGCCCACCCCAUUCACCCGCUUUCCAUCACACCGCCCCAUUCUCCCGCUUUCUAUCACCCCGCCCCAUUGUCCUGCUUUCCAUCACCCCGCCCCAUUCUCCCGCUUUCCAUCACCCCGCCCAAUUCUCCCGCUUUCCAUCACCACGCCCCAUUCUCCCGCUUUCCAUCACCCCGCCCCAUUCUCCCGCUUUCCAUCACUCCGCCCCAUUCUCCCGCUUUCCAUCACCCCGCCCCAUUCUCCCGCUUUCGAUCACCCCGCCCCAUUCUUCUCCUUCCAUCACCCCGCCUCAUUCUACCCCCUUCCAUCACCCCGCCCCAUUCUCCCGCUUUCCAUCACCCCGCCCCAUUCUCCCGCUUUCCAUCACCCCGCCCCAUUCUCCCGCUUUCCAUCACCACGCCCCAUUCUCCCGAUUUCCAUCACCCCGCCCCAUUCUCCCUCCUUCCAUCACCCUGCCCCAUUCUCCCGCUUUCCGUCACCCCGCCCCAUUCAUUGCUUUCCAUAACCCCGCCCCAUUCUCCCGCUUUCCAUCACCCCGCCACAUUCUCCCACUUUCCAUCACCCAGCCCCAUUCUCCCUCCUUCCAUCACCCCGCCCCAUUCUCCCUCCUUCCAUCACCCCGCCCCAUUCUCCCUGCCCCAUUCUCCCGCUUUCCAUCAGCCCUCCCCAUUCUCCCGCUUUCCAUCACCCCGCCCCAUUCUCCCGCUUUCCAUCACCCCGCCCCAUUCUCCCGCUUUCCAUCACCCCGCCCCAUUCUCCCGCUUUCCAUCACCCCGCCCCAUUCUCCCUCCUACCAUCACCCCGCCCCAUUCUCCCGCUUUCCAUCACCCCGCCCCAUUCUCCCUCCUUCCAUCACCCCGUCUCAUUCUACCUCUUUCCAUCACCCCGCCCCAUGCUCCCGCUUUCCAUCACCCCGCCCCAUUCUCCCGCUUUUCAUCACCCCGCCCCAUUCUCCCACUUUCCAUCACCCCGCCCCAUUCUCCCGCUUUCCAUCACCCCGCCCCAUUCUCCCUCCUUCCAUCACCCUGUCCCAUUCUCCCGCUUUCCAUCAGCCCACCCCAUUCACCCGCUUUCCAUCACACCGCCCCAUUCUCCCGCUUUCCAUUACCCCGCCCCAUUCUCCCGCUUUCCAUCACCCCGCCCCAUUCUCCCGCUUUCCAUCACCACGCCCCAUUCUCCCGCUUUCCAUCACCCCGCCCCAUUCUCCCGCUUUCCAUCACCCCGCCCCAUUCUCCCGCUUUUCAUCACCCCCCCCCAUUCUCCCGCUUUCCAACACCCCGCCCCAUUCUCCCGCUUUCCAUCACCCUCCCCCAUUCUCCCGCUUUCCAUCACACCGCUCCAUUCUCCUGCUUUCCAUCACCCCGCCCCAUUCUCCCGCUUUCCAUCACCCCGCCCCAUUAUCCCGCUUUCCAUCACCACGCCCCAUUCUCCCUCCUUCCAUCACCCCGCCCCAUUCUCCCGCUUUCCAUCACCCCGCCCCAUUCUCCCUCCUUCCAUCACCCCGCCUCAUUCUACCUCCUUCCAUCACCCCGCCCCAUGCCCCCGCUUUCCAUCACCCCGCCCCAUUCUCCCGCUUUUCAUCACCCUGCCCCAUUCUCCCACAUUCUCCCUCCUUCCAUCACCCCGCCCCAUUCUCCCUCCUUCCAUCACCCCGCCCCAUUCUCCCGCCCCAUUCUCCCGCUUCCAUCAGCCCUCUUCUCCCGCUUUCCAUCACCCCGCCCCAUUCUCCCUUUCCAUCACCCCGCCCCAUUCUCCCGCUUCCAUCACCCCGCCCCAUUCUCCCGCUUUCCAUCACCCGCCCCAUUCUCCACCAUCACCCCGCCCCAUUCUCCCGCUUUCCAUCACCCCGCCCCAUUCUCCCUUUCCAUCACCCCGUCUCAUUCUAUCUUUCCAUCACCCCGCCCCAUGCUCCCGCUUCCAUCACCCCGCCCCAUUCUCCCGCUUUCAUCAUUCUCCACUUUCCAUCACCCCGCCCCAUUCUCCCGCUUUCCAUCACCCCCCAUUCUCCAUCACCCUGUCCCAUUCUCCCGCUUUCCAUCAGCCCACCCCAUUCACCCGCUUUCCAUCACACCGCCCCAUUCUCCCGCUUUCCAUUACCCCGCCCCAUUCUCCCGCUUUCCAUCACCCCGCCCCAUUCUCCCGCUUUCCAUCACCACGCCCCAUUCUCCCGCUUUCCAUCACCCCGCCCCAUUCUCCCGCUUUCCAUCACCCCGCCCCAUUCUCCCGCUUUCAUCACCCCCCCCCAUUCUCCCGCUUUCCACACCCCGCCCCAUUCUCCCGCUUUCCAUCACCCUCCCCCAUUCUCCCGCUUUCCAUCACACCGCUCCAUUCUCCUGCUUUCCAUCACCCCGCCCCAUUCUCCCGCUUUCCAUCACCCCGCCCCAUUAUCCCGCUUUCCAUCACCACGCCCCAUUCUCCCUCCUUCCAUCACCCCGCCCCAUUCUCCCGCUUUCCAUCACCCCGCCCCAUUCUCCCUCCUUCCAUCACCCCGCCUCAUUCUACCUCCUUCCAUCACCCCGCCCCAUGCCCCCGCUUUCCAUCACCCCGCCCCAUUCUCCCGCUUUCAUCACCCUGCCCCAUUCUCCCACUUUCCAUCACCCCGCCCCAUUCUCCCGCUUUCCAUCACCCCGCCCCGUUCUCCCUCCUUCCAUCACCCCGCCCGAUUCUCCCUUUCCAUCAGCCCACCCCAUUCACCCGCUUUCCAUCACACCGCCCCAUUCUCCCGCUUUCUAUCACCCCGCCCCAUUGUCCCGCUUUCCAUCACCCCGCCCCAUUCUCCCAUCACCCCGCCCAAUUCUCCCGCUUUCCAUCACCACGCCCCAUUCUCCCGCUUUCCAUCACCCCGCCCCAUUCUCCCGCUUUCCAUCACCACGCCCCAUUCUCCCGCUUUCCAUCACCCCGCCCCAUUCUCCCGCUUUCCAUCACCCCGCCCCAUUCUUCUCCUUCCAUCACCCCACCUCAUUCUACCUCCUUCCAUCACCCCGCCCCAUUCUCCCGCUUUCCAUCACCCCGCCCCAUUCUCCCGCUUUCCAUCACCCCGCCCCAUUCUCCCGCUUUCCAUCACCCCGCCCCAUUCUCCCAUCACCCCGCCCCAUUCUCCCGCUUUCCAUAACCACGCCCCAUUCUCCCGCUUUCCAUCACCCCACCCCAUUCUCCUGCUUUCCAUCACUCCGCCCCAUUUUCCUGCUUUCCAUCACCAAGCCCCAUUCUCCCGCUUUCCAUCACCCCGCCCCAUUCUUCUCCUUCCAUCACCCCGCCUCAUUCUACCUCCUUCCAUCACCCUGCCCCAUUCUCCCGCUUUCCCUUUCCAUCACCCCUCCCCAUUCUCCCUCCUUCCAUCACCCCGCCCCAUUCUCCCGCUUUUCAUCACCCGCCCCAUUCUCCCGCUUUCCAUUACCCCGCCCCAUUCUCCCGCUUUCCAUCACCCCGCCCCAUUCUCCCGCUUUUCAUCACCCCGCCCCAUUCUCCCACUUUCCAUCACCCCGCCCCAUUCUCCCUCCUUCCAUCACCCCGCCUCAUUCUACCUGCUUCCAUCACCCCGCCCCAUGCUCUCGCUUUCCAUCACCCCGCCCCAUUCUCCCGCUUUUCAUCACCCCGCCCCAUUCUCCCGCUUUCCAUCACCCCGCCCCAUUCUCCCGCUUUCCAUCACCCCGCCCCAUUCUCCCUCCUUCCAUCACCCCGCCCCAUUCUCCCGCUUUCCAUCAGCCCACCCCAUUCACCCGCUUUCCAUCACACCGCCCCAUUCUCCCGCUUUCCAUCACCCCGCCCCAUUCUCCCGCUUUCCAUCACCCGCCCCAUUCUCCCGCUUUCCAUCACCCCGCCCCAUUCUCCCAUCACCCCGCCCCAUUCUCCCGCUUUCCAUCACCACGCCCUAUUCUCCCGCUUUCCAUCACUCCGCCCCAUUCUCCCGCUUUCCAUCACCCCGCCCCAUUCUCCCGCUUUCCAUCACCCCGCCCCAUUCUUCUCCUUCCAUCACCCCGCCUCAUUCUACCUCCUUCCAUCACCCCGCCCCAUACUCCCGCUUUCCAUCACCCCGCCCCUUUCUCCCGCUUUCCUUCACCACGCCCCAUUCUCCCGCUUUCCAUCACCCCUCCCCAUUCUCCCUCCUUCCAUCACCCUGCCCCAUUCUCCCGCUUUCCGUCACCCCGCCCCAUUCUCCCGCUUUCUAUAACCCCGCCCCAUUCUCCCGCUUUCCAUCAACCCGCCACAUUCUCCCACUUUCCAUCACCCCGCCCCAUUCUCCCUCCUUCCAUCACCCCGCCCCAUUCUCCCUCCUUCCAUCACCCCGCCCAAUUCUCCCUCCUUUGAUCACCCCGCCCCAUUCUCCCGCUUUCCAUCAGCCCUCCCCAUUCUCCCGCUUUCCAUCACCCCGCCCCAUUCUCUCGCUUUCCAUCACCCCACCCCAUUCUCCCGCUUUCCAUCACCCCGCCCCCUUCUCCCUCCUUCCAUCACCCCGCCCCAUUCUCCCUCCUUCCAUCACCCCGCCCCAUUCCCCCUCCUUCCAUCACCCCGCCCCAUUCUCCCGAUUUCCGUCACCCCGCCCCAUUCUCCCUCUUUCCAUCACCCCGCCCCAUUCUCCCUCCUUCCAUCACCCCGACCCAUUCUCCCGCUUUCCAUCACCCCGUUCCAUUCUCCCUCUUUCCAUCACCCCGCCCCAUUCUCCCGCUUUCCAUCACCCCGCCCCAUUCUCCCGCUUUCCAUCACCCCGCCCCAUUCUACCGCUUUCCAUCACCCCGUCCCAUUAUCCCUCUUUCCAUCACCCCGCCCCAUUCUCCCGCUUUCCAUCACCCCGCCCCAUUCUUCAUCUUUCCAUCUCCCCGCCCCAUUCUCCCUCUUUCCAUCACCCCGCCCCAUUCUCCCUCUUUCCAUCACCCCGCCCCAUUCUCCCUCUUUCUAUCACCCCGCCCCAUUCUCCCGAUUUCCGUCACCCCGCCCCAUUCUCCCUCUUUCCAUAA